AUGGCCACACACGUGACACUAUUAGCAUCAGCAUUUCUUCUGCUUCUUCUUCUCCCUUUCUCCGCUUCCAUCUCACGCCGAUCCGCUGCUAUCAACUUCUUCGCUUCCUCUCCCGCAAGCUUAGAAGACGCGUACGAGGCGCUUAGAGUGUUUGAGAUUCUUGGAAUCCAAGAGAAGAAGGCUCAUGAGAGAGGGGCCACGUGUCCGAAAGUGUUGGAAAAUCUAGUCUCGACUUCCCCUCUCAAGGAUUUGUUCUAUGCCUUGAAAGUUAACGUCAUUUUAAAAUGUGAUGUCAAUGGGGAGGUUUUCGAGGGUAUUGCUUCAAGACUUAAAGUCAUUGUUCAUGAUGCGAGUACUUUGCUUGACAAAUACUACUCAAUUGGAGGUUUGGUUCUUAUAAAGGAUCUGGAUUCUAAUGUUGAUACCCAUAUUCCUGAUGUUGAUGGGGUUUUUCAAUCGAUCAAGGCUCUUAGGCAAAGUGACGGAAGAUGGCGCCAUAGUUCUGAUAAUCCGGAGUCCAGUAUCUAUGCUGCUGGAUUAGCAUUUGAAGCUCUUGCUGGGGUGAUCUCACUAGCAUCUUCUGAAAUCGAAAGGUCUACGGUCAACAUAGUGAAAAAUGACAUUGUAAAGCUUUUUGAUGUCAUUGAGAAAUAUGACGAUGGAAGCUUUUAUUUUGAGGAGAAAUUUGUUAGUGGACAAGAGCAACACGGUUCUCUUUCCACAACUUCUUCAGUUGUUAGAGGGUUUACUGCAUUUGCUGCUGCAACUUCUGGAAAAAUAAAUCUUCCAGGGGAUACAAUAUUGGGUUUGGCAAAAUUUUUCUUGGGCAUUGGAAUCCCAGGUGAUGCCAAGGAAUUCUUCAGUCAAGUUGAGUCAUUAGCUUUUCUAGAGAGCAACAGGCAAGUGUUGAUUUCCAUUCCAUUGAUAUUGUCACUUCCUGAAACUGUUUAUUCAUUGACCAAGAAAGGCCAGCUUAAGGAAAGUAGGAAAUACAGGGUGUAUGACCUAGCUAAGGUGAAUACAGUGCUUGGUUCAGCUGCUCCACCUUUAACAGUUAAGCUUGUCCAUGCUUUCAGCACUGGUGCAAAAGAUUCAUCUAUUAUAGACAGCAAGGAGCUCUGGUAUGACCAAGAAAGUGGAUUGCAUGUCUUGGACACUUUCCCGAAUAAUUUGGAUGUGGGAACAUAUGUGUUUGUUUUUGAGAUUGUGCUUCAUGAUUCUGCCAGUGAAGAAGUUUAUACAACUGGAGGACAAAUUUAUGUACCAAUAUAUGUCACUGGGAUUAUUGAAGUUGGCAAUGCAGAAAUCACAGUUGUGGAGAGUGAUCUUGGAACUGCCGAAACGCAGAAAAAGCUAGAUUUGUCUGGAAAUGAUGCAGUUUCACUCUCAGCUAACCACUUGCAGAAGUUGAUGUUUGCUUUCCAAUUGACUACACCUCAUGGUCAAGACUUUAAGCCUCAACAGGCAUUUUUCAAGUUGAGACACGAGUCAAAGGUUGAACACAUCUUUGUGGUUGGAAACACUGGCAAGAAGUUUGAGAUAAUUCUUGAUUUUCUUGGCUUGGUGGAGAAACUUUUUUAUCUCUCGGGCAGAUAUGACAUUGAGUUGACUGUUGGUGAUGCUGUCAUGGAGAACUCUUUCUUACGCCUAAUUGGCCAUCUCCAAUUAGAUCUUCCAGAAGCACCUGAGAAAGCAUCCCGUCCUCCAACCCCACCUGUUGACCCUUACUCAAGAUAUGAGCCCAAAGAAGAGAUUACACAUACAUUCAGGACUCCUGAAAAGAGACCACCCCAGAAUCUCUCUCUUAUUUUCUUGGGUUUAAUCCUUUUGCCAUUCAUCGGCUUUUUGUUUGGGUUAUUGCGAUUGGGGGUGAACGUAAAGAAUUUCCCUGGUUCAACAGCACCUUCUACAUUUGGGAUCCUUUUCCAUGUUGGUAUUGCUGGGAUUUUGUUACUCUAUGUACUUUUCUGGUUGAAGCUGGACCUGUUCACUACGCUGAAGGCCUUUGGUCUUUUGGGAGCUUUCCUGAUGUUUGUGGGGCACAGAAUUCUUUCUCAUCUUGCUUUGACAUCAGCCAAGUUGAAAUCUGCAUGA